CAUGAACACCCCCCCGUGGACUCUCCUCUCUUUCUUCGUCUUCGAGGUUCCAUGGAGGAUCUGCUGGGGCUCCUCAAGGUGCGGGUGGUGAAGGGCGUCAACCUCGUCUACCGAGACGCCACCCAAAGCGACCCAUACGUUAUCGUCCGCAUGGGAGGCCAGAAAUUGAAGACAAGUGUAAAAAAGAAUGAUGUUAAUCCAGUUUGGAACGAAGAUCUGACUCUUGCUGUCUCGGAUCCUAUUCAACUACUUAAGCUUCAAAUUUUCGACAAGGACACAUUUAGCCAAGAUGACAAAAUGGGCGAUGCGCAGAUCGAUAUCCUUUCAUUUGUAGAGGCAACAAAGUUGAACUUAUCCAACAUCCCUAAUGGCACCGUGAUCACCACCGUGAAGCCCAACCGACACAACUGCUUGGCCGACGAGAGUACCAUUGUUUGGAAAGAUGGCACAGUUGUUCAAGACAUUAUUGUCAGGCUAAAAAAUGUAGAGAGUGGCGAAUUGGAACUGCAGUUGUCGUGGAUCAAUCUAUCCCAAGCUUCAGGGUCGUAAGCUGCUUGAUUCUGUGAAUGAUGAAAUACUUUUGUUCUGCUACCCCAAGUACAACGUUUGAAUCAAUUCGACAAGCAUCCGCUAUCUAUUUUCAUUAUUGACUUGUUAGCUCCAGUCGUAGAAGCAAUGUGUUCAGUGGAAAUGCCAAAUAAACCUUUGAGUAUGUUCCUCUAAUUGUUUUGUUUUCACCUGAAAAUCAGAGGAUGAGCAGGUUGUGUAUCGAUCUUUCAGAAGAAGAUUAGGAUCUUUUACGAUCUUCAGUUAUCUGUCCUGUCAUGGUUUCACUUCGACAGUUGAUGACUGGCAUCCCAUCGCAUCGAGAACUAGGUUUGCUAAUUGUUAUUUAUGUAUGUAGCUCUUGCUGAACUCUAGGACUUAAGUGAUCUUGAAAAUGUAACUCCAAGCUAUAAGGCAGUGGCUAAUAGCUUCGAUGACCAUGAACUAAGCAGCUGUUUGUUAUUUACUCUGCAGUAAAAUUUAUCAUGGGUCAAAAUUUGGUUC